AUGAAGACGAGCCGCCGCGGCCGAGCGCUCCUGGCCGUGGCCCUGAACCUGCUGGCGCUGCUCUUCGCCACCACCGCCUUCCUCACCACGCACUGGUGCCAGGGCACGCAGCGGGUGCCCAAGCCCGGCUGCGGCCAGGGCGGGCGCGCCAACUGCCCCAACUCGGGCGCCAACGCCACGGCCAACGGCACAGCCGCCGCCGCCGCCGCCACCGCCGCCGCGGGGAACGGCCCCCCUGGCGGCGCACUCUACAGCUGGGAGACGGGCGACGACCGCUUCCUCCUCAGGAAUUUCCACACCGGCAUCUGGUACUCGUGCGAGGAGGAGCUCGGCGGGCUCGGUGAAACAUGUCGCAGCUUCAUUGACCUGGCCCCGGCAUCAGAGAAAGGGGUCCUGUGGCUGUCGGUAGUCUCCGAGGUGCUCUAUAUCCUCCUGCUGGUGGUUGGCUUCAGCCUCAUGUGUCUGGAGCUCUUUCAGUCCAGCAAUGUCAUCGACGGGCUCAAGCUCAAUGCCUUCGCGGCCGUCUUCACGGUGCUUUCAGGCCUCCUGGGAAUGGUAGCCCACAUGAUGUACACACAGGUGUUCCAGGUCACCGUGAGCCUCGGCCCUGAAGACUGGAGACCUCAUUCCUGGGACUACGGGUGGUCCUUCUGCCUGGCGUGGGGCUCCUUUACCUGCUGCAUGGCAGCCUCUGUCACCACGCUCAACUCCUACACCAAGACGGUCAUUGAGUUCCGGCACAAGCGCAAGGUCUUUGAGCAGGGCUACCGUGAAGAGCCGACCUUCAUAGACCCCGAGGCCAUCAAGUACUUCCGGGAGAGGAUCGAGAAGGGGGAUGGGACCGAGGAGGAGGACCUGCGCUUAGCUUGCCGCCACGAGAGAUGCCCCGCCCGACACCAGCCACACAUGGGAGAUUCCUGGACCCGGAGCUCUGCACAGGAGAUGCCAGAGCUGAACCGCCAGUGCUGGGUCCUGGGGCACUGGGUGUAACCGAGACCCAGCCUGGCCUCCAGACCUCAGGCCAUCAUUAGGCACCAGCCCCCUGACACAAGACCGCGGUCUGGUACCUCUGGAAAGCUGGCCCGUGUGCUGUGAACUCAGCCAGCCUGCGUGGGAGACACCAGGCCUGCCCAGUGCUGCCUGGGUCCCCCGGCCCUGCAAAUGGGGCCGGGGCGGCCGGAGGGAAUGCACAGGGCUGCAGAAAGCGAGUUUGGGACAGCCACUCCUAACUCUUGCCACCAUCACAUGCAGAGCCCUGCAGGGUGCAGCUGGGACACCAGGAAAGAUAUGGACAUUGGCCACUGAAAGCCUGGGGACCCACGAGCCAGCCAGGAGGUUCAGGAGGGGCCCAUCGGUGCAGAGGCCUGCAGGGGCAGGCAGUGGUGGCGCUUCUGGAAGGAAGGGCAGUGGUGCUGGCACCGCAGGGGGUCACUCAGCAGGCACAGAGCAGGGGCUCAAUAAAUGCUUGUGGAACCUGUUUUCUUGCUGUGCUUGGAGGCCAGUUGCUCUCUGGGCUGUGGCUGCCCCCUCAUGGUACCACUCCAUCUAGCCCCCAAGGAGCCGGAAGGUGAGACAGCCCUGAGUGUGCUGGGGUCAGGGCCAGACAUGGAGAUAUGGGAGGGAGGGAACCUAGAGCCGAGGCUGGGCCUGGAGGGGGGGGGGUCAAAAUGGAGCCAGGUGGCCAGGUUGGGUUCCAGAGGGGGGACAGGGCAGGGGCCAGGCAGGCGGGACAUGUGAAGUGGGCAUGAGACAAGCCCUCAAAACCAGGCCCUAAGCCACCCUGACUACCCCGGGGACCCCUACCCUGGGUCUAGAGCCACCUUUACAUCAAAUCCUAGAGCUCAGAUCCCUAUUAUACAGAUGAGGGAACUUAGGGUCACAGCGGUGAAGUAACUUGUCCAAGAUCACAGAGCUAGCAGAUGGCAGAGUUGGGGUUUGAACCAGGACUCCUGACUCCAAGAGGCCUCAUCCCUUCCCAGAGGAUUUCUAGACCUUUCCCCCAAGUAGAGAAUGUUCUUCACUCUUCCAUAAAUCCAUCUUCCAUCAUCCAUCCAUCCUUCCAUCACCUGUGCUCCAUCAUCCAUCCAUCCAUCCCCUCCCUUCCUCCCUCCCUCCCUCCAUCCAUCCUCCUAUCAUGCAUCACCCAUCCUCAUGAUCAACCACAUAUCUGUGUCUUCAUUUCUCCAAUGAUAUAAUUCAUUGUGCCCCUACUAUGUGCCAAGCACUGUGGUAGGUACUUGAGAUAGGAGACUGAACCAUCCAGAGAAGGUGUCUGUCCUCGCAGAGCUCACAGAUGGGCAGCACAGAUAACUGGACAGACGAUUACAGUGCGUGUGUGUAUAUAGUGCAGUGUGUGUGUGGUAGACUGUGGGAAGUGCUGUGGUGCCCGGUCCUGGGCCAGGCAGCCUGGGUUCAGAUUCCAGCUCCUCCACUUGACACCUUCGGCUAGUUGCCUGACCUCUCUGUGCCUCGUCCCCAUGGGCUCGUGGGGAUAAUCAUUCUACCUACCUCUUACAGCUCGUCUGAGGGUUAAAUGAGUAAUGUAUGCGAAACACUUAGAACAGAGCCUGGCACAUAGUCCGUGCUGGUUAGUGUUUGCUGUUCGUCCAUGAGGGGAAGUCAGGGGCUGCGGGAGCCCAAAAGCAGCACCGCCUCGUGUGGGUAAUGGCGGUCAGGGAAGGCUCCUUUGGGAAAAUGACAUUUAAGCCAAGACAUGAAGGUUGUCUAGAUGUCAGGCAGGCAAGAGUGUAGAGGGGAAGAAAUUUGGGGACAUUAUAGGGACUUUGAAGUAGUCUAGAUGGCAGGUUGGAGAGAAGGGAGGGCGGGGGGUGGUGGGAAACCAGGCUGCGGAGGGCGGGGAGCCAGGGCAGAGGGGCUCGAAGCCUACUCAGCAAGCCUGGACUUUAUCCUGGGGCCGUGGCCGACGGGGCCCCCAGUUGUGCCUUCUAGGAAGGUCACUGCAGCGGUGGGCAGAGACCAGAGUGGGCAGCGCGGCUCCCUUCCUCAUCUUUCCCACACUCGAAGGGGGAGAAGAGGGUGGUUUGGUCCAGCCCAGGGGCCCUGGGGUGGGACAGUGGGAGCCGUCGCAGGAGCUCGUCAGGAGAGAGUCAGCAGGCUCAGGGUGGAUGGAUGUCGGGGAGGGGAAAUCAGCCAUGAUUCUCAGGUUGUGGGCUUGGGUGGGGGUGGUUCCCAUGUCUCGAGUCUCAGGUGCCUGGGGGACACGCCAGUGGAGGUGCGUGCUCAUUCAUUCAUUCACGCAUUGAUCCAUCAAGUGAGCGAUUCAUUAAUCCAUUUUCCAUUCAUUCAGUAAAUAUUGUGUGGGGCGGGGGAUGGGUCGGGAGAGAGACUGGGGCCCAGUUACAAAGGCCUUGAAUGUCAGGACAAGGAGUCUGGGCUUUGGCCUCUGGGCGGGAAGAAACCCCACAGAUAUGGGGUCAGGCAGGGUGUCUGACAGGAAUCCAGCCAGGGCGCCAGGCAUCUCUGUUCUCACCCGCGUUCUCCUGAAGUUGGCAAGCAGACCACAGAGGUCUUGGAGAUGAUUUUAGUUGACACACAGGCAAAAUUUUAAUCUAUUUUAAUUGUUGCGUUCAUGUAAAUGUGUAUUAGGAAAAAAAUGUAAACGGGCACAUGAGUGCCGUGAUUUCAUGGACAUUAUUGCUUAGGAUGAAACCAAAGUAGGCAUUUAAGUAGAAAGAAAGAGUUGGCUUAAAUAAAAAUAUUAAAUAAAUAAUCGUACAAAUGGUAUGUGAUUAUGGUACUUGGACGGCUCAAGCAAGGGCCAUUCUCACCUGCUGCACAGGCCAGGGAGGGAAAGGAAGGAGGUAGGAGGCCUCCUGUCUCCUCUUGGGCACCUCCUGGGCAGGGGCUGAAAGCUAGCUGUCUUUCAAUCUCACGGAACCUGCAGCAAGAAGGCUGCUGGUCAGAUAAAAGGAAGCACUUCCAGGCAGGCAGGUUGAGUGAUCCAGAUUGGUCACUACUGAGAACUCCUGGGAGGGUUGUCUGCAUGCAGGGAGCAAAUGCCACUGUCUGCCCCGGUCUGGGAGCAGGAAGGACUGCCUGCUGGGAAGGUGGGGGUGCCUGGGCGAGCACAGAGAGGCCUAGAUGGGGCUGCACAGGCCCCUCCUCCUGCGCCUGCAGACUCCUCUCCCGGCUCCCAGCUCCCCUGCACUGAGCAGCCUGUUCUGACCCCUGCGGGGAUGGGUGUUGGCUGUGGGUGCGGCCUUUCAAUCUUCACCGGGCAGGUUGGCCGGACCCCAGCCCAGAGGAGUUCCCGCAGCCUCGCUCUGCCCUGGGCCCCCGCCCCUGGCCGCCCUGUGUCCCCAUGCCCAUGUGCGCCCGCCAACCUGGACCGUGUACAGCCGAGUUAGCGCUCUGCGUGUGCACGCGUGCUAAGCGUGUGCGCUCGGCACUGAGCUGCGCGGUGGGCUGUCGCUGGCUCUGCACACACUCACGAUGCACGUGCUGGCCCUGGGCCUCGCCAGCCCUGCGCCCGUGUCCGUGCCUGCUCGGCGCCCUGACGCGGGGCUCGCCGUCUUGUUCGGCCACGUCUCGCCCUCCCCAGGUGCAGAGCCCCCAGGGGCUGACGGGCCGGCCCAGGCCUCAGGGAGUCGCUGGGCCGACUCCUCUCUCGGGCUGGGGGCUGUGAGGAGCGUCGGCCCCACUGCCCACAGAGCCAGCCUCCCGCUGCAGCCUCGUCUCUCUGGUAAUGGAAACGUCCCCCUGAUUCAUGGCGUUUGUCCGCGCAGCCAGGCCUGAGGACAGGGCGAGCGGGGGAGGCUCAAGCCCAGGAAGAGCUGAGGCCGCCAGGGGGCCGACCCCUUGUUUGGAAGGAAGUGAGGACAGAGGAUGGCCCGGGGGCUGCGGGGUUGAUUUAGAUCCUGAGACCACGGCGGACCUGCGCUGGGCCGCACUCACCCAAGAACGAUUGACUGGGGGCUUCUGUGCACCUGGCUCUGAGCUGCACCCUGGAACUGCCACAGUGGAUCAGAGACACCGUCUUCCCCCCUAGCGGUGUGUAUUCCAGGGAGAUUGCUCAAAUAAUUCCAACAAUAAAAGUAUCGCUUCAGACUGUGAGAAGGGCUAUGUAGGUGAACCAAGGCAAAACCUGAAUCACCCUGGAGGGAUGAGGGCCACUGCAGCAGGGACUGAAGGAUGAGGAGGGAGGCCACAGGCAGAAGUCACAGCAUGUGCAAAGGGCCUGGGGUUGAGAGGAACACUGUGUGGUUGUGUACAGCCCCACGACGGGACAGAGUGCUUGGAGCUCAGGGUGAGGGCACAAAGUCUGCUGCUGAGCAGUCAAUGGGGGUCAGAGUGUGUGGGGCCUUGUGAGUUACAACAAGGAGUUUGGGCUUCCUGCUGGGCCCCACAAUACUGUCACCCCAUCCCCCGUUCCUCCACAUCCAUUACCCGCCUCCGUCUCAGGGGUGCAAACUCAGAUGCCUGUGGGACUGGGACUGUAAUGCAAGUGUGAGACAGAGGGGCUGUGGGGACUGGAGAUCUGGGGAGCGCCUGCCCAGGCUCCAGAGCCAUCGAGUAACGUGGGACCAGAGUAGCCCCAUCUUCCAGUUUUUCCGGAGAAGGAGGGAAUUGUCCAGACCAGCACACCCAGCCAAACUUGAGUAGGCUGAGCUACCAGAUUGUGACCUUCAGUGUCCCUCAGGCCGGGUGGGGCCUGGAGCCUCAGAACGGGAUCGUCCUGGCUCCAGGUGGGGUGGGAGGUGAGGCCUGGGGAGGGACCGUCUGGGUCCUUCUGAGGUCAGAAUGCCAGUGCUGGAACUGUCUGGAGCCAAACAAACCAACAACCUUGAACAAACAGAAGCAGGGCCCUCCCACUGCAGGAGAGGAGGGCAGGUCCCCACGGGGACAGAGGCCGGAGAGGGAGAUUCCUCCGGGAGCCUGCGCCUGCUCUUCCUUAAGCCUCUUGUUGCUGUAGCCAAGAUGCAUUCCCAGUAACCCAGGUCUGGGUGCCCACAAGCCCCUGGGCGCCUGACAGCUGCAGCUUCGGGCUAAUUUACACCCCGGUGCCUAUGGGGUGGGGUGGGAUGCGAGGAAUGGGAAGCAGGAUGGGAAGGGACAGGAAGGCCUCUGUUUCCCCCCAUGGAGAGUGGGGGCUGCCACCUCCAGCAGGCAAAGGUCACCCAGCUGACCCCUGCCUUUCUGCCCAUGGGGGCUGCGGGGUGGGGGCCAAGGGUCCAGGAAGGGUCCCCUCCCACCUCUUUCCUCCCAGGAGAGGCAAAGGGGGCCAGGAGGAAGCAGCCCUGGGACAUGCGUGAAGCCAGGGGAUGGGGAUGCAGCCUCGCAGGGGGCAGGGGGCUGGUGUCAUGCUGAGGGGUGGGAGCCCGGAUUGGGGGUCGGCUCCGCAGACUCGUAACCGGCUGGAGCCCGCCUGCACGGGCUUGAGUUGGCUCACUCGGUGUUUGUUUGCUGAAUUGAGACAAUAUUUAAAAGUUGGAUUUCAUGUUAAAAAUAAAACACCUGGAUUUGG